GGAGCAAAACCCCGGCCAGCUUCUCAGCACCGCAGUUAACCCAGGGCACGAAACGUCCGGCUUAACAGAAGAGAGGGUUGGCGGGAGCAGAAAGGACCGGCUGCCUACGCCGCACCAGGGUCCGGCAGCGGGCUGAGAGGUCAGGCAGGUGUCUGGAAACAAAGCCGAGGGAGAGCCACCUUGGCUGCCAGCCCCAGCGCACCCCGUGACCUCUUUCGCCCAGGCUCCAGGGGCGUUUCUGCCCCAGCCCCGGCUGGCGCAGCCCCUGGGGCGGGGCGGCCCGGGAGCAGCCCCGUGACUGCACCUCGCCCUGCCGGGAAGGGCCGGGACAGGAGAGGCUGCCCCAGCACCUGAUCCACUCCGAUCCCACCGCACAGCCCGGGAGAAGCUGUCCCAGCGCCUGAUCCACUCCGAUCCCACCGCACAACCCGGGAGAAGCUGUCCCAGCGCCUGAUCCACUCCGAUCCCACCGCACAGCCCGGGAGAAGCUGUCCCAGCGCCUGAUCCACUCCGGUCCCACCGCACAGCCCGGGAGAGGCUGUCCCAGCGCCUGAUCCACUCCGAUCCCACCGCACAGCCCGGGAGAAGCUGUCCCAGCGCCUGAUCCACUCCGAUCCCACCGCACAGCCCGGGAGAAGCUGUCCCAGCGCCUGAUCCACUCCGAUCCCACCGCACAGCCGGGGAGAGGCUGCCCUGUGAGCCGCUCCGCCCGGGUCCCGCCGGGACAGAUCCCCGGCCAUGUUCGCGUUUUUGGCAGUGCUGUGUCAACUGCAUGUGAUGAUGUUCGCGUUUCCUCACUGCCCUGGGAGAUUAAAUAACUUGAAACAACCUCAGUGGAAAGACGUGUUCACAUCUGCAAGGGAGGCCAACUUAUUCAUUGGACGACAUCUUCUGAACAACAGAUUUGAUUUUGAAGCAUUCACAGAUGAUAACCUGGAAAGGGAAUGCUAUGAAGAAUUGUGCAAUUACGAAGAAGCAAGAGAAGUUUUUGAAGACCCUGAUAAAACGAUGGAUUUUUGGAAAGAUUAUUCAACUAAAGGCCCUAGAAUAAAAACAGGUGAUGAUGCACAACAAAAGAUUAACGUCACGGGACUGCUCAUCAGCCUGGUUACUGCUGGAGUACUGUUGGUUAUAAUUGCGCUAAUUAUCUUCUACUGCUGCAAGAGCAGAUGCAAAUCAAGGCAACCACCAACGUCCUUGUAUUAUGUGAGAAGCAGAAGACGUAAUUCAGCCAACAUCUUCAGGAGGCACGAAGAGCUUUCUUUAAACCCCGUUCCUCUCCGAGCUGACGAUUCAGGACUGCCCACUUACGAGCAAGCGGUGACCUCAGAUGGACAGCACAGCGUGCCCCCGCCCCCUUACCCAGGGCCCCCCAGAGAUGCACGGCUGUUUCAAAAGUCCAUGUCUCUUCCAGGCCCCUAGUCACAAGCCUCCUGCUGGGGUGAGGGCAGGUUACUGGAACACAACAUACUUUUGAAAAAGUGUGUGCUACCUUGCAUAUUGCAAGAUGCUUUACAAAAAUGUGAAAGAUCUUUUGGAUGACUAGGAAUGAGUGAAGUUCCCAUUUGGGAAAAGAGGUUACCUGUUACCGGCUGCAGGAGUGUUCUUUGCACAAAGUCACUGUGCUAAGAGCAAGUCUGGUACUGCUGCCCUCUUCCAUAUGAGCCAUCCCAACAAACUAUUGAUGUUUUCAUCAAUAGUUUCAUCUUCUUUUUCUUGAGAAAGAACAAUAUUUUAAUUGAUCAUAUUGACACUUACCAUUUUUUGUGUCUUAAUACUUUACUUAAUACUUUAAACCUGCAAGAAGUCUUUGUUGUCAAAAACCAAACUUGGUCGUUUGAUAUAUUCACUUCCUUGCUGGGUGAAUUUUCUAUUCGUUCUUGUAAUAGACUUGAGUGCAAAAAUUUUUUCAUGACUUGAUCUUUCAAAUAUAUGGUACUGCUACUGGAUUGCACUGGUUUGUUUUAGACAUUGCUAGUCACAUGACUUAAUUUGUUGGAUUUUUAUCAUCAUAAUUUUGCAUCAAAAGGAAGCAUUCAUUACAUGGCACACUACCAAUUCACACAAAGUAUACUUGCAUCAAAUUGUUUUGAUGUUCAACAGUAAAUAAAUACCAGGUCAAAGAGAGUAAAUAGAAUACUGUGGGCCAGUGGAUGUUCAGCAAAAAGCUAGAGAAGUGUCCCUUGUUAAAAAGCUACCUUGUUUUCACAGCUAAUGUUUCUUUCAUAGUUUAAAAGCUGAAAUGUAGAGACAUUUAACUUUCAAAGCAAAGCCUGAACUACCCCCUAGGAGCACUUAAGUAAGUGUGUCUUGCACUACAGGGAUGACAAAAUGAUACCUUUAAGCUGAAUGAAACAUCAUAUUAGAUCAAAAAUCAAGAGUCAAGAACUUCUGGGAGUUAUUGGUUCACUUUGUCAAGACAGUUUCUGUAUCUACAGCUGUAGCCACCAUUAAUUUUACAUCUUAUUAAAAUAUCAACCCCCAGCAUUAUGCAGCCUAUGGAUCUUGCUGAGGAAAUUGCUGCCCACCACGGUGUCCCUUGGUCUCCUUACUAUAGCAGAUGGUCUCACAGGAAACACGUCAGGCUGCUUCCUUGUUUGACAGUGGCUGUACAAUUAUGGCACACUAAAUUAAGGUUUUUAAGAAGAAACAAACCCCUCCUUUUCCACCCCUCCUUGAGUCAAUGCUGACAACAGCAAAUUAUAUUUCAAUUUGGCACCUACAAUCCACUUAUAAAUUAAAGGAUUAAGGGUUGAAAUCAUUAUGUAAUAUUUCACUGAAUCUUAUUGUUUUAACAUAGUAAAAGCUACAGUGCUAUUGAAUGAGAUGCAGAAAAUUUGUCUGAGAUUUUCAAUCUCUAAAUGUCUUUGUAAAAAUGAAAACACUUCAAAUCUUGGAAUAUAAAGAGGGUACACUGACAGUGCUACACGAUGAAGUCUUGUCC